AUGGUGAUUUUCCAUUGGGGCGCGCCGCGUGUAUUGCUGACGGACAACGGAACGGAGUUCCUCAAUAGAGACUUGCGCGUGAUGUCGGAGCAGUAUGGGAUAUAUCAUACGACGGUGCCACCUUAUCACCCGCAGGCAAACCCGGUGGAGCGGGUAAAUCGCGUCCUAAAGACGAUGAUCACUGCGUUUGUAGAGCGAGAUUACCGCAAGUGGGACGCUCACAUUAAUGAGUUUCGAUUUGCGUACAAUUCCGCACACCACACGUCUCUACAACCUACCCCCGCCUUUCUUAAUUACGGCCGAGAACCGCUACCGGCCGGUUUGCAGCGCGAGCAGGACGACGCCGGUGUCGAGAUAGAGGAGGCGAACCCCAUAGCGUGGCGCGAACAUAUGGGGAAGAUGGGCGCGUUACGGGAGUGGGUCGCGGAAAACUUGGAAGCCGCGCAAGAGCGGCAAUCUAAGUACUAUAAUCGGCACAGGCGCGAAGUCACAUUUAACGUAGGCGAACAGGUACUCAAGAGGUACCACGUGUUAUCGGCAGGCGCACAACAUUUCUCAGCGAAACUGGCCAAAAAGUUCCAUGGCCCGUUCAUUAUUCGAAGAAUUCUCUCACCAGUAAUCUACGAGUUGGCUGAUCUAACGGGUGGGAUAGUUGGCAAGGUCCACGUGAAAGACCUCAAGCAAUACCAUGAGCCUUUGGAUGCCUAG